UGAACACUUUCAUUCAAACCCGUCCACUCACUUACAUCGGUAUUCUUACCCAUUACAUUAUCUUGGGCCUACAUCCAUCCUAAAACUUGAGCAACUCUUUGAAGACAUUUAUUUCACCGAUCAAACCCACCAUCAUGCAUUUCAACACCGACUUUUUCGCCAUCGCCCUCGUUGCCCUUCUUCAAUUCGGCACCGCAACAGCCGUCUGCGACUUUAUUAUAAAGCAAAACGGAACACAGAUCACAUCGGGGAAUAUCUGGGCCGGAGCAACUGCGAAUUUUCUAGUGAGCGGUAAAUGGGCCGUUGUAUCUGCCACUAGCGAAUGCAAACUUAGCCUGAGCGGACUGCCCAACAACGAGAGCUACACUAUACUCCCAACUCAAGACGAAGAAACAGAAGGAGAAGAUAUCGAGCAAGCCGACACCCCUGAGGCCUCAUAGGGAGGACAUAAUAUUGCCUCAUGUGGAGAAUGGCGCUGAAAUGAGGUCAG